AUGCGUUACGAUUCCACUGGAAGGCACUCGGGGAUGGAGAUUAAGGACGGUCUUUACGUUGAUGACCUUAUGGAAGGCGGCACAAAUGUUGGCGAAGUGUUGUUAAAGAAGAAGAAAACGAUAGAAAUUUUUAGUGAUGCUACCUUCAAGCUUCAUAAAUGGCACUCCAAUGCAGCUGAAAUGGAAAAAUCCAACAAUGAUCUACCCGAACAAGACAUAGACCAAACAAACGCAACCUACGCAAAGGAACAGCUCGGAACAGUGGACACAGGAGCAAAGAUACUAGGCCUGCCAUGGAAUAAACUGCAAGAUACGUUCAGUGUCGUCGUAGAAAAGGAAGAAAGCGCAGCGACGACAAAGAGAGGAGCAUUGUCGCAACUAGCAAAGAUUUACGAUCCAAUUGGUCUUAUAUCUCCGACAAUGCUUACUGGGAAACUCCUGUAUCGGAAAAUGUGCGAAAGUCGUUUAUCUUGGGAUCAGGAGUUUGAUGAUGUCAUGGGAAAGUUAUGGCGGGAUUGGUACAACAGACUGCCUAAUGCAUAUACAGUCAAUCGUCCACUAGCACCCUUUCAUGUGCCUGUACGGUCUAUUCAUCUACACGGAUUUGGAGAUGCUAGCAAGGAUGGUGUAUCUGCGGUAGUUUAUUCUGAAACGGAUCAAGAAGAUAACCUCACUCAAGGCAUCGUUUGUUCUAAAUCGCGGAUCUCGAAACGAAAUCUUACCAUUCCACGGUUAGAACUUGUUGCUGGACAUAUGGUGACAAACCUGGUGAUCAAUGUAGAGCGUGCAAUCGGUAAAGAAAGAGUGACAUCAAUUCAUUGUUGGCUCGACUCCACGGUAGCGUUAUGCUGGAUAAACGGUCAGGGUGAAUAUCGCCAGUUUGUAGCAAAUCGAGUGAGAAAGAUCCAACAGCACCAUCACAUCGUCUGGCGUCAUGUUCCAACAACUGAAAACCCAGCCGACAUUGGGAGCCGCGGUGGGCAUGUUGUCGACAACGAUAAAGCAAUAAAGGGAAUUGGCCGCAAGAGAUAUUUGCUGAGGAGGGGAACACGCGAUGAACGAGAGACAGGUCCUAUAAAGUACCACGAAAUUGAAAACUGCACACUGUGGUGGAUCAGACGUGAACAAAAUUGGUUUAGAGAGCAGUCUUGA